AUGCUCUUACGUUUUGCCAAGAGAUUACCGCUACAAGUACUUGCUAGAAGACAGCCGCUUAUUAAACCCUUGAUUGCAACGAAACUCAUGUCUACUAAAACUGAUGCUGAAUGGAGAGUCGUCUUGACGCCAGAACAAUUCCGUGUGCUGCGUCAAAAGGGAACGGAAGCAGCUGGAACAGGCGAAUAUAAUAAAUUCAACAAGAAGGGCGUCUAUCAUUGCGCUGGAUGUGAUGCUCCUCUUUAUGUUUCGGAUACAAAGUUUGACAGUGGAUGCGGGUGGCCUGCUUUCUUUGAUAGUAUUCCUGGCGCACUUGUUAGGCACGAGGAUAAUUCGCAUGGCAUGCAACGCAUCGAAAUUUGCUGCGCUAAAUGUGGAGGACACUUGGGACAUGUAUUCAAAGGUGAACGGUUCCCUACGCCUACUGACGAACGUCAUUGUGUCAACAGUAUCAGUCUCAAAUUUAAGGAAUAA